AUGUCUUCUCCAACUACUUGUGCCAAGAGUUCCUCUUCUUCACGCUCUCUUGCCUAUCUCACUGGAGAUGGUGUCGACAAUCAUGUGAUAGAGGUUCGAAGCAAGCUCUAUCCCUUUGCACAAACGAAUUUGUAUGAGAACGUACUUCAUCUUUUCGAGAAAACCCUUGUUAUGGGCCCUCAUUGGUUUGGUCCUAUACCGAAAGAGAUGGCCAUAUUGUUUAGGAAUGAUGCUGAGGCCCUUUUGUGCUAUCAAAGCUCCACUUCUCUAGCCUCUUAUACCUGGGUCAGGAAAAACCUGAGUCGUUCGUUUCCUUCGAGCGAAGUGAGGAACAGUGCGGUGAAAUGGUCAGACUCGAUUGACAGGCUUCUUCCUAGGCAUGGAGCUCACUGGAAGAGGGCUGGUAUUUACGAUAGAAUUCUUCUGUCCAGGCACUCUAUUAAUAGAGACGAGAACCUUUUGGCUGCUGCUCUAUGUUUCUGGAACUCUGCCAGCAACACCUUUGACUUCCGCCUGGGCCCGAUGACUCCAACUCUGCUGGACAUGGCUCAGAUCUUUGGGUUUAGGCCUCAUGGAAGGCCUGUUGAUGUUGUUGGUGACUAUCAUAGAAGGAAAAAUCAGGAGAAAUUGGCCAAGCCCUUCACCAUCUCUCUUGCCACCAUCAACCAAAAUUGCUCAUUCCUCUUCUCCAACCGUUCCUUUGCAGUUCUGCUUGAGUACAAACAUCUGGCAGAGGCUCUGCAUAACCACAUGAAUGUGGGGCUUAGGCCUACGAUUCUUGCUCAUAUAUACAAGAACCUGCACACUGCCACCUUGGAGAAUCCGCUAAAUUUGUCUGCUUCUGGCGCAUUUUGGAUGAUUCAGGUCUGGUUGCAAGUGUACUUCCCAGAACUGAGGUUUACAGACAUUGUUCUCCCUAAAGACCAGGUCAUUGCUCAUUCGUUGAUGUCAGCAGAGGUGCCCAAGCGUUCCAUUGAGAAAUACUUGAUGUUCUUUAGGCACUAUACCAAGAGAUUUGUUGUACAGUGGCAAGCAGUGCUCAGGAGGACCUACCCCUGGUUUCAGCCUGGAUAUAAACUCUUUGAGAAAGAGCCAAAAGAAGAAGAAGACAGAAUUGAAUUCAGGAAGAAAUUCCAAAGUGUGAUGCUGCCUCGGGACAUGCCAUUCGGUGGAGGCAAACCUCCCAACUAUCAUUUGGGGGCAGAAGUGUAUCAUCCGAAUUUCUGUGCCCGUCAACUCGGCUGCCCUCAGCUAAUUCCUCUCAAGUCAUACAGGGGCUGCAACCGUUCUACCUCUUGGAGGGAUUCAAACGAUUUGGACGUACAUAAAGACUGCAGAUGUUUGAUAAAUAAAAUUAACAACAGUGUGGAUGCUCUUUACCCCUCAUGGGAGCCUAAUUCCUGCAAUUAUGCUAAUUUUGAUGCCUGGUGGAAGGCUAGGUUCCAAGGUUUUUCUGCCUCGAGUACUGCCCUCAAGGUGCUUUUCGAUGGCUGGGACUCCUGGACAGUCUAUGCAAGGGCAGAGGCCAAGAGUUUUAUGGUGCAGAUGAUUAAGGAUAUUAAUGCACAAGUUAUCGAAGACAUUGGAAGCCAGACUGUGCACUCUGGAGAAGUGAUUGUUAAUUCUGUCAUAGCUGCUGGGGACUUAGAGCUUCCCUUUGGAGAUGAGGAAGAUCAACACGAGCCUCUGGUAGAGCAACUAGCUAUUGAGGCCACUCAUUCUACUAGAAGAAAAAGAAAAGAGGUUGCUCAUGUUCAAGACAGUUUUAUCCAGCCUAAACCUUCUGCUGAAAGCCCUCCUCCACCUACUACUAGGUCAAAAAGACCUAAAAAGAGGAUUGGAGUUGAGUCUGAUGAGAUUGAAGAGCCUGUAGCUGUUCCCAUCGAAACUUCUGGAACUGAUGAUAAGCUACGAGAGGCUUUUGAAGCUGUUGAGCAGGAGAAAGGACAAGAAGAAGAAGAAGAUGUCCCUCUAAAAGAGAAGGACAAAGAGCCUGAAGAAGAGGAGGAGAUUCCUACUGAGGUAAUAGCAGAAAGCAUUGCCUUGGCCAAACAACACGAAGAAGCUCAGAGGGCAGAACCCACAAGUUCAGAAUUGGCUUUAUUUGAUGACGUGGAGGCAGAACAUUCUGUUACUGCCCCAAAGCUUGAGGUAAAGGUAGAACACUUUGUUGUGGUUCCUAUUCCUGAGGUAUCUUCUAUAGCAGAGAACAAGAUUGCUGGGGUCUUAGCCGUGGUGACCAGCCCUUUCAAGCCUCUCAUUGUGGAUAUGCCCAUCCAUUCUCUCCUAGGUUCAUUUACCACGACUUCCUUUGCUGAUCCAGAAUUGGUCGAGUUUGAAGCCAUGGACUUCGAUGCCCAACUGGACAAACUGGAGAAGCUUAGCUCCACUCCUAGCAAGGCAAAAUCCAAGGCAGUGGACAGACUGAAGAUCUGGGAAUCCACUGAAAUGGAUUUGGAUGAAAACCAAGAAGCUGUUGACCAACUAAUGAAAGACCUGGACUUGUUGCAUAGAGAGAACAUGGCUCCUAGACCCAUUCUUGAAAUCAGCCUAGGUUUGGCAAGAGACAUGCUCAACCUCCACAACCGCUAUGAAGAUCUCAAGCCCUCUUUUAAAGCCUCCGAGUUCUGCAAGGCCACUCAUGAAGCUAAUCUGGUUGAUUACCAGAAACAGAAAGCAAAAUUGGACCAGAUGGUUGUAGGUUACAAAGAAGCCAAGAUUGCUGCUGACAAGCUGGAGAAGCAGAUUGAAGAACUUCAAAAACAGCUGGCUGGGCUGAGGGAGAGGCAGAAUAGACUUGGGGCUGGACUGGGUACCAAGACCUAUGCCACUUUCUUUGUGCAAAACAUGAUAGCAGCUUCCAAGCCAGCUUUGGAAAUUGCAGAGGCCUCUCUCCAUCAAGGGAUGCUUCUCCAGCAAGAAAUUUCUACCAAGAAGACCGGAUUGCAAGAAACCCUUAGGAAACUAGGGUUUUAA